GCACAUGCAUUCACACACAAGGGAUCUAGGUUGCAUGCUCCUUAUGAGAAUCUAAUGCCUGAUGAUAUGAGGCAGAACAGUUUCAUCUGGAAACCAUCCCCAUCCCCCACCAACCCCCAUAGAAAAAUUGUGUUUUAUGAAACUGGUCCAUGGUCCCAAAAAUGUUGGGGAUGGCUGUUUUAGAGGAAUAACAAUCUACUUUGGCUGGAACAGUGAGCAAUGAAGAGAGUUAAUGAGACAAACUCAGAGACAUAAAGGAGGAUUAGAUCAAGGAGAUCUUUGUAGGCCGGUGUAGAAACUUUGGCGUUUCUCUAGGAGGAUGGGAAGACAUUGGAGGGUUUGGUUAUCGGGGUGUGAAGGAAAAGAAUGGUGUAAACUGAGAUGGGGAAGACACAUAAGGAGCAGCUUUGAGGGGUGGAAGAGAAUAAGAAACUAGAUUUUGGACAUGUUAAUUGUAAGAUAGCUAUCAGUAUCUUUUAUGGAGAAAUUUUAAUAUUUUUAUAUUAUGAUUCAACAAACAGCUGUCACUUACUUGAGAAGAAUCCACUUCUGAAAGAAUGAAUAUCCCCUAUCUAUUAUUUCGUAGGGUCAUAAAAAAGAAGCAGUAUGGAGGGAUGAACACUGUCAAAACUUCUCAAGGAUAUUAUACCUAGACAGCUCUCAGUAUUCUUAGUUGAUUUGUUUCCCCUUCUAUUGAUCUCCUGUUCUCACCUAUAGUGAGAUUCCAAACUGCUUAAUUGGGAAGGCUUUAUUGCAAAGCACUGAGGUGAUCCAAUGAAAGAAGAAAAUGAAAGCCAUCAAGAAAAAUCUUACAGAAGAAGAAUACCUGUAUCUGGACUUUUCUCACCAAACAAAAGGAUGCAUCUUUCCUCUUCAUACAUCUGUAACUUUAUUUCUGUUAUCUUACUGUGACUGCAAAAUCUUUAAAAUUUGCUUAGUUGUCACCAAAGAAGUGAGUACAGAUAGUUUACUACUAAGAGAUGAUCUGAUCCAAGAUGUUGAAAUACAGAUUAUUUCAAGGCAAGAGCUCCCACCAAUAGUCCAGAAUUGCUGUUUGCCUGCAGUAGUAGAACGAUCAGACAAUUUUUGUAGAGCAGGACUUGCUGUUGUAUUAAGACACAUAAUCCAGAAAUCAUAUGAAGCAGAUCCCUUAAAGAAGGAACUUUUGGAACUUCUGGGCUUUAAAAAGACUUGCUUGAAAGCCUGUGCCGAAGUUAGUCAGUGGACCAGGCUAUGUGAACUCACCAUCCCUUUGGCUAUUGAGAAUUUUCUGAGAGAGUCUUUUGACCAGCCCCCAACUAUACCUGUAGAAAUACUACAGCUAGAGAAAAAGCUUAGUGAGCCUGUUAGAGUGCAUAAUGAUGAUAAACUCCGCAGGCAGAAGCUCAAGCAACAGAAGGCUGAUGGAGCUGGGCCUCCUCUUACUAAGGGAAAGGCAAAGAGCAAGGUCCACACACAGGAAACAUCUGAAGAGCUGGACUCUGCAUCCAAGAGUCUGGAACUGAAAGUGGCAUUCUCAAAGCUCACGGUACAGGAAGAACCAGCUAUUACCAACAGAGAGCCGUCUCACAUCAGAAAAGCAAAAGCCUCCGACCUUCCACCUCUGGAGCAUGUGUUUGCAGAAGGGCUUUACUUCACUCUGGCAGAUAUCGUGCUAUUGCCUUGUAUCCAUCAUUUCUUGGUAAUUAUCUGCAAAAAAUUUUCUGAGAAGCUGGUAGAAUUUCCAUUGCUAACCUCUUGGUACCAGAGGAUUCAGGAAGUGCCAAGAGUGAAAACAGCAGCUUCUAAGUGUGGGAUCCAAUUUCUCCAUUUACCAGAGUUGUUGACAACCUCAAAUGAACAGCAUCCAAACUUAAGUGAAGUCCCAGGUGUAGAAGAACAAAACGAUCCUUUAUUUAUAGGAGGACCAAGACCAACCAUGGCCAAGCUAAUGGAAAAUGGCAUUGAAGUGAUGUUUUCUCCCCACCCUUGCCCUACUUGGACUCUUGAUUGGAAUGUUCUCCCUGCAGCAGUCAGUCCUAAGGAAGGUAAAAUGUCCAGUGAUCGAGCUUUGAGGAAGCAGCAACAGUUGAACAACCUUGUCUAUGUGGUAACAAAUCAGGCCAAACCUGGUGACAGAAUUGUGGAUUUCUGCAGCGGUGGGGGCCAUGUUGGAAUUGUCCUUGCUCACAUGCUGCCAUCAUGUCAGGUUACAUUAAUAGAAAACAAGGAAUUAUCAUUAAUUCGUGCUAAGAAGAGAAGUAAUGAACUGGGUUUAAACAACAUUUGGUUCAUUCAAGCAAAUAUGGAGUAUUUUACUGGGAUGUUUAAUAUUGGAGUGGCGUUGCAUGCUUGUGGAGUGGCAACAGACAUGGUGAUUGAGCACUGUAUCAAAACACGGGCUUCCUUCGUCACAUGCCCUUGCUGUUAUGGUUUCAUUCAGAACACCUCAAAGUUUAAUUUUCCAAAAAGUGAACAAUUCAAGAAAACUUUAUCAUACAAGGAACACAUGAUUCUGUGCAGAUUUGCAGACCAGACAGCUGCCCAGCUCCCACCCCAACGAAGGCUCAUAGGAAAACAGUGCAUGUGCUUGGUGGAUCUGGAUCGAGCAAGAGCUGCAGAAGAAUGUGGCUACUCCGUUCAAGUGAUAUCCAUGGAGCCAGAGAGCUGCUCUCCCAAAAAUAACAUGAUUGUGGGAAUCCCCAUUUAAAAUGAUAUUCACAUUUGAUAUUUUGCCAUCCGUCUUCACGUUGGAUGCCCAGUAGCAUUCAGGAGGUUCUUGGCAUAACUAGGAAACAGCAUUAGCCAUCUUGAAUCUAUUGUGCGCAGGAAGAAAAGCAACAGGAAAAUCUUAGAAGAAAGGCUUCCUGCACAGCAUCACAAAUGCUCUUAACAAUGUGUGAUUAAAGGACUGCUGGUUUUCAUAGUGAGAAUCCCCUGAAGUCUCAGCUGCCAAAAGAAUAAUACUAGUGGAGGUUCCAUCACAGGAAUAAUAAUUUCUUUCUCACUUCACAAGCUCUUCUGAUCUUGCCAAUGUGAUGUUUAAUUCAAAACAGUGUACUUACAGCCUUUAUUUUAUACUUAUUUAGAUAUUCACAUGGGGAGUGAAACUAGACUCAGUGGAGUUUUUUUGUUUUUUAUAUUUUUAACAAUUGUACUUUUUCUAUAACUUUAAAAAAAUCUAGUCAGGUAAUUAUAGUAUAAUUAUUUUUAAGCUGGGGUUAGUUGAACUUAUAUAGCACUUAAUAUACUCCUUUUAAAUAUAUUUCUGCCAGGCAUGGAGGCUCAUACCUGUAAUCUCAGCACUUUGAGAGGCCAAGGUGGGAGGACCAUUUGAGCCCAGGAUAUCAAGACCAGCCUGGACAACAUAAUGAGACCUCAUCUCUACCAAAAAUUUAAAAAUGAGGCAGGAUUGAGCCCAGGAAGUCAAGGCUGCAAUGAGCCGAGGACAUCACAGCACUCCUGGCUGGUUGACGAAGUGAGACCCUGACUCAAAAUAAAUGAAUGAAUGAAUGAAUAAAUAAAUAAAUAAAUAUCCCAUAAAUUACCAAAUGAGAUCAUCACUGGUUCAAAUUAUUAAAUAAUUGCAACAAAAUUCCUAUUAUGGGAAUGUGGAAUUUGGACACAAAUUUUAACAAUAAAGGUAUGUUAGUUAAUAAAUUUAAGUUUGUAAGUAAUUAUUAAGGAUCUAGUAUUUUCAAGACCUUGGCCUAGAUUCUUUUCAAGAUUCAAAGAUGAGAUGCAAAAGAUAUAAUGUUUUGCCUAUGGAAGUAAAUCAUCUAGAAGGAAAAGAUUAAAGAAUUAGUUAAGUUCUUCAUAUUACAAUGUAUUGUCACAGGAUUUGUAAUUCAGAUGUCAAUCAUUUAUAAAUUCUUUUUCUGCCAGCCAACAUUUUAAAAGACAAAUGAUGCAUCGUUUCUCAAUGCUGCUAAUUCUUUAACCUUUACAUGUCCCAAGUAUUCCAUUUGAGAUUUAUUUCAUUGAUUUUGAUGUUUUUAACCCCAGUGUAACAUGUAUCAUGAGGAGAAGCACUUUCAUUGAUCAUCACUCUGGAUUAAAAUAUAGGAAUAUUUUACAAGGUAGUUUUGGUGGGGUGGGAGACAUUUUGGAAUCUUGUUUUCUGGGAUAAAUUUUUUAAAAAGAAUUAGCCAUUAGCCCUGAGUAUUUUAGUCAUUUGUGCCCAUAGAUAACAACAUGCUCUUUUAUUCUGGACUUUCUUCUUUUCAUUGAGGUUUAAUUUAUAUACCAUAACAGAUUUUUAAGUAUUCAUUUGAGACGUUUUGACAACCGUGUGUAUCUAUACACGCAACCAUCACUGAAAUCAGAUAUAAAAUAUUCCCAUCAAAUACUUUCAGGUAAACACUUUGAGAAUAUUUUGCCAGUCUGUUGCUUACCUACUUAUUUUCAUAAUUAAUAUUUUAAUUUUGAUGAAAAUUUAAUUUACCCUUUUACUUUAAUGAUUAAUAUUUUCUGUGUCCUUUCUAAUAAAUUUUACCAACUCUAAGAUUAUAAAGAUUUCUCCUAAGAUUUUUUUGUAGAAACCUUAUGGUCCUAGCUUAUUAUAUUUAGUUAUAUGAUCUAUCUCAAAUUAAAUUCACAUAUAGAGGUAGGUAGAUUUUGAGGAAUAUAUAGUUGUUUCAGCAUCAUUUAAAAAAAUCCCUUCCUCUCCUCAUUGAACUGCCUUGGCCCCUCUGUUGAAAGUCAGUUGAUAUGUAUAUAUGAGUCUAUUUCUGAAUUCUGUAGUCUUUUCCAUUAAUCUAUUUAUCUUAUUGCUAUAGCUUUAUAGUAAAUCUGGAAAUGAGGUAGUUUGUCUUCCAAUUUUUUUUUUUUUUUCUCUAUUUUGGCUGUUCUGGAUCCAUUAUAUUCCCAUGUAAAUCUUAGAAUUGGUUUGUCAAUUUCUUUUUUAAAUUUAAAAAAACUUGAUAGGAAUUUUCUCAUUGCCUGUUCUCUUUAGAUCAAUUUCAGGAAAAUGAAUAUCUUAACAAGAUUGAAUCUUAUAAUCUAUGAAUAUAUCUUUCCAUGUGUUUAGGUCUCCUUUAAUUACUCAGAAACAUUUUAUAAGUUAUUUUCUGUGUAGAUGAUUUGUUUUAUUUAUUACGGUUUUACGGUGAGCUUUUUACAUGCUGUUCCCUGUACUUAGAAUAACCUCUUUUUACCCCUCCCACUAGCUUAAUGUCAUUCAUCCUUCUGCUCUGAGACUUGACCUCCCUGGAAUUAGGUAUCUGUCAUAAAACGUGUACCGUCCAGAGUAGUCUUCUCAGUACUCUCCAGGUGACUCAAGGUACACACCCCUGCCCCUGCUUCGCCACCACCAAAAAAA